AUGGCCGCCGUCGUCGAGCACCCUACAUCUGCCUUCUCAGACCGCCAGGGCCCCAUCCAGCAACCCCCGCGCAUGUCCUCCCUCGAAAUCAUCGAUGUUGAGGAAUAUCUCCAGGAGGCACAAGCCAGUAAUGCCGGAAUCUCCUCUUCGCAACCAACUCGGCCAACUCCAAGACCCAUCUUGAGGAAUUCGGGAAGGCAGCAGGAGACGAUAUACAUCGAUAGUGACGACGACGAACCGGUCAUCACGUUCUCUCGAGUGCUUUCAGGUCAUGAGGCCAACGGGCAGCGGAGCCAUCGACGCCUGAUUUCGCCACCACCGCGUAGCUCAUCGGGCUCGGUGCCGCCUGUACCCCCAAUUCCGGGGCCCUUUGCCGGCCACACGGCCUUUCCACCAAUGAGACGCAACCCCCCAGCCUUUCCCCAACCUCCCGUUGUGGCCAACGAAUCCCUCGACAUCGAGUUUCUGUCCGACCUCCCGGUGGCGGGUCCAUCUGCGUUCACGAGCAGGGUUGUUCACAGGCGAGGAACAGGCGCCGGACCUCCAGGGCCCCCACCGCUCCCGGCUGCGCCAGCCUCGCAUCACACCCCCAGCAUGGGCCUCGGAGGCGCCCUCAUCAGCUCGAACAGCGCGCGUGCACGGCAAGAAGCCCAGGACGCCCGAAUCGCUGCUCGAAUUGCCAGGCAGCGGCAGGCUGGUCGUGCACCUGUCAUCCGCGGUUUACCAGCGCCACCGUAUCUAUUCCAUGAAGACGGUCGGGCGCAGGUCCGGUCGGUGUGGGGCUUGGGGCACUUUUCGUCGUUGGGCUGGCCUUUCUCUGGGCCGAGCUCUGGCAAGGAGAAGGAGAUGUACAAUCCGAGUUACACGCACCCCGGACAGCCUGAACCUGGGUUCACCUUUGACUUUUCGGUCUCGGAAGAAGAUGCCCCUCGACGGCCUGGUUUCCCCACAACCUCCAUUCACGCCCCAAUUGUCAUCGACGACUCGGACGACGAGCCCUCAUCAAGUGACAGACCUGUCGUCAUCGACGUCGACUCAGUGCCAGCAAAAACGACUGUUGCCACAACCACCUCCAUGGCCGGUUCCAAGACAGCUACGUCGGGCACAGGAGAGCUGUCAGCUCUCCUGGUCUGUGCACGUUGCUGCGACCCACUCAUACUCAACGCGGCCAUGGACCCCGAGGAGGGGUAUUACCGGCGCGUAUGGGCUCUCCGGUGCGGUCAUAUGAUCGACGAGAAGUGCCUGAACGAGAUCGGGCAGCCUCCUGAGGCUCGGUUGGUGCAGAUGGAGAUGGAGGAGAUGGUCAACGAGAAGGAGAAAGAGAAGGAAAAGGAGGAGGAGCAAGAGCCGAAGAUGGAGAAGAAGGGUAAAGGGAAGGCGAAGGCUAGAACGACAGCCAUGUCCAGCGAUACGGUGCCAGAGGUGAAGGAGGCGGAGGAUAAUAACAUUCGUGCUAGACUCCGGUCUCGCAACCCAACCGUGGGCGCUUCCUCUACCCCUCCUUCCUCUAUUACUGCCACCAUAGCCCCAUCUACUACUACUACGACAACGAUCUCCUCAACCGUCGCCAUGGCCUCCUCAACCGCCUCCUCCUCCUCUUCAUCCACCACCACCUCAAUCAACCACCCAGCCUCCAAACGUCGGCGCGUCGGCCCCAAGUCCCGGCGCCCCCCACACGUCGAGGACGAGUACGUCUGGACGUGCCCCGUGGCCUCGUGCGGACGGGUACACGCGAGCGUCAAGGUUGACGGCAUAUGGUGCCCCGAGAAGGAGGGUUUCGUUGGGCCCGAGGGCGCGAUGCGUGCGGUGCAGGAGGGACGGGAGAUCGUGCCGAGGGGGGUGAUUGCUGUUUUUGCUUAG